UUCAUUUGUCACUCACAUUCUCGAAACUCCCAAAGCUCGAUUCCAUUUCAAUGGCGAUGGCGGCCACCUCUCUCGGCACCUCCAGGAUCCCCUUUCCCCCUUCCACCCUCCAAACCCUAACCCGUGGACUCCCCUCCAUCUCCUUCCUUUCUCUUCCCAAACCCUUCUUCUCCACCUCCUCUGUUUCUUCUUCUUCUUCUUCUUCUUCUUCUUCUGCCUUGCGGUCCACCGUCUUCAAUCACACCAGACGUCGCCGCCUCAUCUCCGUUCGCGCAGGAACCGAGAAUGGACCUGGUGAUUCCAAGCGUUUUGAUUUCGAUCUCUUCACUAUUGGCGCUGGAAGUGGUGGUGUCCGUGCCUCUAGGUUUGCGGCGUCGUAUGGUGCUACUGUGGCCAUUUGUGAGCUUCCUUUCUCGACGAUAUCGUCGGAUAAUUCUGGAGGGGUUGGUGGAACUUGUGUGCUUCGAGGAUGUGUACCCAAGAAAUUACUGGUCUAUUCCUCCAAAUAUUCUCAUGAGUUUGAAGAGAGUCAUGGCUUUGGAUGGAACUAUGAGGUUGAUCCUGAGCAUGAUUGGAAUAUUUUGAUGGCCAACAAGAAUGCUGAGCUGCAACGACUUACUGGGAUUUACCAGAAUAUUCUGAAAAAUUCCGGAGUUACAUUAAUUGAAGGUCGUGGAAAGAUAAUUGAUCCGCAUACUGUUGAUGUGAAUGGAAAACUUUACUCUGCUAGACAUAUACUAGUAUCAGUUGGUUCACGACCCUUUAUCCUGGACAUUCCUGGAAAAGAGUAUGCUAUUGAUUCCGAUGCUGCGUUAGAUUUGCCUUCAAAACCUGAAAAGAUUGCUAUAGUAGGAGGUGGGUACAUUGCUUUGGAAUUUGCGGGGAUCUUCAAUGGGUUGAAAAGUGAUGUCCAUGUUUUUAUCAGGCAAAAGAAAGUGCUAAGAGGGUUUGAUGAGGAGAUUAGAGAGUUUGUUGCCGAGCAGAUGUCUCUGAGGGGUAUAGAAUUUCACACAGAGGAGUCCCCACAAGCCAUUCUCAAAGCAUCAGAUGGUUCAUUUUCACUGAAGACUAAUAAAGAGACCGUUGAUGGGUUCUCCCAUGUAAUGUUUGCGACAGGUCGAAGACCAAACACAAAGAAUUUGGGACUAGAAGAAGUUGGUGUUGAAUUGGCCAAAAAUGGAGCCAUAGUGGUAAAUGAAUACUCUCAAACAGCUGUGGAUUCCAUUUGGGCUGUUGGAGAUGCUACUGAUAGAAUAAACUUGACUCCAGUUGCACUAAUGGAAGGGAUGGCAUUUGCAAAAACUGUGUUUGGCGGUGAACCUACAAAGCCAAAUUAUAGUGCAGUACCAUCAGCUGUGUUUUCUCAACCACCAAUCGGGCAGGUUGGUCUUACAGAGGAGCAGGCAAUUCAAGAAUAUGGCGAUGUAGAUAUUUUUACAGCUAACUUCAGGCCAUUGAAAGCCACUCUCUCGGGUCUUCCUGAUCGUGUCCUAAUGAAACUAAUCGUUUGUGCAAAUACCAAAAAAGUUUUAGGAGUGCACAUGUGUGGGGAGGAUUCUCCUGAAAUUAUACAGGGUAUUGCUAUUGCAGUUAAAGCCGGAUUAACAAAAGCAGAUUUUGAUGCCACAGUUGGCAUUCACCCUACUUCUGCAGAGGAAUUUGUUACAAUGAGAAGUCCAACUAGAAAAAUCCGGAGAAGUCCUGCUUCUGAGGGAAAGACUGAGGAGAUAAAAUCUGCGGCGUAGAAGUUUAGAACUGGAGGCAGGGAUAUAUGAUAUGAAGAAAAUGCUGUGAAGAGGCUGCUAUGAGGAAUGGAUAUGGGUGUUUGUUAAUAUCUGCUGUUGCUGUUGAGUAGGGGGCCGAGAAGGGAGAUGAUGAUGGUUUUGUUGCUGAGAAAUUGACUGUUGAGAAGGGAGUUAGUGGAGAAGCAGAGUUGGAGGGAGGAUUAAAUGAAUAGAUGGUAGUUAUCGAUGAGUCAACAGUUAGUUGAGGUGGCGGGUUGUUAUUGGCUGCUGGAGCAUUAUAAAGAGCGCUGGAGCAUGAUAAGGGGAUUCAUUUGUAGUCUUUUAAAUGUGAACCGUUAGAUUAGAUUUAAGUGAUGGGGCCCAGGAUUAGUUUUUAAUCUGGUCUGUUGAUGUAAACAUAUAAGAAGCUAGUUGAUUGUACUGGAAAACUUUGUAAAUGAAUUGUUUGAGAGUUUUUCUUGGA